CCUUUACUUCCCAUCAUCCUUUGCGUCCAGCAGCAGGGCAGACCCACAACACGACUGGCUACUUGAAGUUAGCUGAAAAUUCAACAGCACUUACCAGUCCCGAAUAAAAUUGAAAUUCAGUUUGUCGCUACGAUGAAAGAUGUUACUGGGUACCUCAAACAACAACAGAGCAACAGCUCCACGCCGGAAAUGGCGGCGGAGUGGCACACGUUGGAGGAGUUUUACAACAAAAGAUUGUGGCAUCAGUUGACCCUGAAGCUGACAGACUUUGUUAAAGAUCCUUGCUUCAAAACAGGAGAUGGCCUCAUACAGCUUUAUGAGAAUUUCCUCAGUGACUUCGAACACAGAAUCAACCCACUGUCCCUCAUGGAGAUUAUACUGUACGUUGCCAGACAGAUGCAAGAUCCCAAAGAGGCCAUCACUUUUCUCGAGAAGACCAAGGAAAAGGUGAAAAGCAGCGAGGAAGCCGUCAUUCUCUGCAAGACGUCAAUCGGCAGUCUUAAACUGGAAAUCAAUGAUCUUCCUGCCACAAAGAAAAUCAUUGAAGACGUUGAGGAGAUGUUGAAUAACUUGCCCGGCGUGACGUCGGUGCACGGCCGGUUUUAUGACCUCUCUAGCAAAUAUUAUCGCAUCAUCGGGAACCACGCUGCCUACUACAAGGACGCUCUGCGCUACCUCGGAUGUGUAGACAUCAAAGACCUUCCAGAGACGGAGAAGCAGGAGAGGGCUUUCACACUGGGGCUGGCGGGACUCUUGGGGGAAGGAGUUUAUAACUUUGGCGAGCUGCUGAUGCAUCCUGUGCUGGAGUCCCUGAGGAGCACAGACAAACAGUGGCUCAUUGACACACUAUACGCCUUCAAUGCAGGCAACGUGGAGAAGUUCCAGGGCUUCAAGUCUGCCUGGGGCCAACAGCCUGACCUCGCAACACAUGAAGCUAAACUGAUGCAGAAGAUCCAGCUGCUUUGUGUGAUGGAGAUGACCUUCACUCGUCCUGCAAACCACAGACAGCUCACCUUCACUGAGAUCGCUCAGAGUGCCAAAAUCCCCGUUAAUGAGGUGGAGCUUCUGGUGAUGAAGGCUCUGUCUGUGGGCCUCGUCAAAGGCAACAUCGACGAGGUGGACCAGAAGGUGCAGAUGACUUGGGUGCAGCCCAGAGUGCUGGACCUGCAGCAGAUCAAAGGGAUGAAGGAGCGUCUGGACUUCUGGUGUGGAGACGUUAAGAACAUGGCCAUGCUGGUGGAGCAGCAGGCCCACGACAUCCUCACCUGAACCAGUUUCCCCCUUCAGUCCACACAGUAAACUCACUUCCUCACAAGCAUUUCUGUUUUGUAUCUUUCUUUCUGUCGGAUGUUCGCUCUUCUGUUGCCGUCACUGUUUAUUACCCGCCUGUAAAUCACACUGUGGUAUUUUACAAACAACCGCUUGUAGCUGUCCUCAACAUGUGGCCAGAAAAUGUUGUGCGAAACACAAAUAAAAAUGACCAA